AUGCUUCAAUUAGAAGACUCCAAAUGCGAUUUGCUCAUUACUGGGGCUGGUCCCGCGGGGUUGAUGGCAGCUACUUGGGCAGCAAGAUGUGGGAUACACGCCAGGAUAGUCGACAAGAGAGGCACAAAGAUCUUCAACGGCCAAGCUGAUGGCUUGCAAUGUAGGAGUCUGGAGAUUUUCGAUAGUUUUGGCUUCGCAGACAGGGUCUGCAAGGAGUCAAAUCACAUGCUGGAGAUAUGUCUCUGGAAUCCGGAUGAGACUGGCAGAAUUAGAAGGACUGAUAGAAUCCCGGAUACUAUUCCCGGCAUAUCCAGGUUUCAGCAGGUCGUUCUGCAUCAAGGCCGUAUCGAGAGAUUUUUUUUGGACUCACUGAAAGAAUACUCCGACAUCGAGAUCGAAAGAGGCGUUCUACCCGAACAGCUCGAGAUUGACCAUUCUAAGGCUGAGGACGAGCGUGCUUAUCCCAUCAAAGUCAAGAUCCGGCAUCUAGACGACGAUGAAGCAACCCCAGUUCAGAACGGCACGAACGUUCCAGAUGGUCUGUUUCGAAGUAGUCUUGCUAAAGAUGAUACUGACGACUUGAUACGGAAGAGCCGAGGGAAGGAGGGCACUACUGAAGUCAUCCGCACCAAGUACAUGAUUGGGUGUGAUGGAGCCCAUAGUUGGACUCGACGGCAACUCGAUUUCCAUAUGCAAGGCGAGCAGACUGACUUUAUCUGGGGUGUCCUUGACAUAAUUCCAAUCACAAAUUUUCCGGACAUUCGUAUGAGAUGUGCAAUCCAUAGCGCAGAAUCCGGGAGUAUCAUGAUCAUCCCGCGCGAGAACAGGCUUGUUCGAUUCUACAUUCAACUGAAUGAGGUCAACAGCGCCGGGCAGCAGGUUGACCGAUCGAAGAUUACUCCGGAGAUCAUCCUGAAAGCUGCCCAAAGAAUCAUGAGUCCAUAUAAAUUGACGUACGACUACUGUGACUGGUGGACGGCUUACCAGAUCGGCCAGAGGGUGGGCAAUUCGUUUAGCUGUGAUGAUCGAGUCUUCCUGGCCGGAGACGCGGUCCACACUCACUCACCAAAAGCAGGCCAAGGGAUGAACGUGUCCAUGCAAGAUACUUACAACCUCGGCUGGAAGAUUGGUUUAGUCGUCAAGGGUCUUGCCAAACGCUCUAUCUUGAGGACUUACCAGAGUGAGCGUAGGAGGAUAGCGCAGGAUCUGAUUGCCUUUGACCACCGAUUCUCUCGUCUGUUCUCAGGCAGACCUGCGAAAGACGCAGCGGAUGAGGCUGGUAUAUCGAUGGCCGAGUUCAAGGAUGCCUUUGAGAAAGGGAACAUGUUCGCCUCUGGACUGGCGGUAGACUACGGGGCGAGCAUCCUUGUUGCGAAACCUGGAGACUCAGCGGAUCAGGGAGAUGGCACUGACGUCGGCCCUAUCAUCAACAGUAUAGAUAAACUCGUGGGCAAACAGGACCUUGCUGGCAACAUCAAGCUGGGCAUGCGAUUCCCAAGUUACCAAGUUCUCAACCAAAGCGAUGCUCGUCCUUGGCAUUUCGGCCAAUACUUAAAGAGUGAUGGUCGGUUCAGACUCAUUGUCUUAGCGGGAAAUCUCAAGGAUGGGAAACAAUGGAAACGCUUGCAAGGCUUUGGAGAAUCACUCGCGAAGCCAGACUCCUUCCUCCACCGAUUCACACCUUCUGCGAAGCCAGUAGACUCGGUCAUUGAAAUCUUGGUCAUUCACUCGGCCCCGAGAAAGCAGGUGGAACUGCUAGACCUACACGAGAUCUUCCAUCCCUUCGACGAGAAAAGAGGAUGGGAUUAUGAAAAGGUCUUUGUCGAUGACGUUUCCUAUCACGAGGGCCACGGAGAAGCCUACAAGAACUUCGGAGUGGACAAGGAAAGCGGUUGUGUAGUCAUUGCUAGGCCUGAUCAAUAUGUCGGCUGGAUUGGUGAGCUGGAGGACGUAAGAGAUAUCGAUCGAUACUUCUCAGAGGUGUUGAUACCUCAGAUUUGA